CGCGCGCAAGCAUCGCUCGUCGCACGCGACAUGGCCAGCUAACAAACGAUGCUACUGCGACGACUACAGUCGCCAACAACUCGCACGACAAAAAGGAUCAGCCGGAUGCGCCGGGCAACGAGAUGACAUCGAACGGGACCUCGUGGGUCUUCCCACCAGCGCUCAACGCCACUUUCGUGAACGACUUCUAUGUCCAAUAUGCUCGGGCCCACAAUGGCACUGAAGACGACAACGGCGUCAUCUCGUUGCUACUCGCAGCAGUGCAGAACCUAACUCUAGAAGAACGUGUUGAUUUGGGAUUCAAGAACGAGGGCUGGGGUGGCGAAGACGCAGUCGUUAGCGUGGGAGAUACUAUCGAGGGGGGUUUCAAAGACCGUGAACUCAGAGUCUACGGAAUGAAUUGUGUUCUAUGCAAGACAGGGCGUGAGCAUGGGAGCAUCGAGAACGCAUGCUCUAAUUAUACCGAAACCAGCAAUGUACAGUAUUACAGCAAGAGAGAAGGACCUGGGGGCCUAUCUCUAGACCUACCGGAACUUGACCAGUACUCGACCCUUCCCAAUGAGACAUGCGGUCUCUGUAUCUUCAGUCUUCCAAGUGAACCUGGGUCCUUCCACUUCGAUGACUAUUCGGUCCCGUUCCUCGUUCAGGAACAAGAAACCUUACAGAGAAAAGUUUUCAACAAGUCUAAUCCGACUGGUGUCAUGGUACCACGACCAUCGUACGCGGUUCCCUCACCACCCCCUGAAGCCUCUGUAGGAGCACUCAGGCAGGAGGAGACCUCGAGAGAUCCUAAUCUCAUUGUUGGCGUUGUGGUCGGCGUGCUCGCCGCUGCAUCCAUAAUUAUGGGAGUGAUCAUCUGGCUGUGGACAAGGAGGACUGGCAGGAAGAACCCUUACGACUCUGCAAUGGAUACACAGCCCGGAACACCACAGCCUAGAGCUCGGACGCCGCAAAGUGUUCCACUACAACAGGUUCAACCUGUGGUGCGAAGACCAGACAGCAGCGGCGAUGUUCCGCCGGCUUACCACGAAGUUGUACGCGCAAAGGAAACAGAACCUUAGUGGACGAGCUGAGAUUUGGACAUGGAUCAAUAUCUCAUAAGCCGGACAACAGCUUUGGAACACAUGCAAAGACUUC